CAGUUUCUGAUGAGUAAAUGAAACAGGAAACGUGAAUAGUUGGAUCAUUCUGUAGUUGCAUGAAAAAUAUUGUUUUCGAACUUUUGCGUAGACAAUAAAGAUUUCGGUGGCAGCCAUGUCGGUGUUUGAUUGUGAAGGUCUCGGUAGGGAAGAUUUAGUGCAGCUCUGUAAACUAGCUGAGCAGGGUGAACGCUAUGAGGACAUGGCAAAUGGUAUGAAGAAAGUUUGUGAAAUGCUAGGAAGUGACGAAGAGCUGUCUACGGAGGAAAGAAAUUUGUUGUCUGUUGCUUACAAGAACGUUGUCGGGGCAAGGCGAUCCACAUGGCGUAUGAUGUCAAUGAUUGAAGCUAAAGAGAAAGAUCCUUCUAGUGAGAAAAGUGUGUACACGCAGAAGUACAAAAAAGUUGUUGAAGCUGAACUGGACAAAAUUUGUUUAGAAGUUCUAGACUUACUAGAGAAUCAUCUGAUUACAAAAGCAAAGAAACCUGAAAGCGAAGUGUUCUUUUUGAAGAUGAAGGGUGAUUACUUCAGGUAUCGAGCUGAAUACUUACCAGAAAACACAAAGCAAGAAGUUCAGGAUAUGGCCGAAAAAGCUUACACAGAAGCGAUGGAGAGUGCGGAAAAAAAUAUGGCAUCAACUCAUCCAAAUAGGCUUGGCUUAGCUUUGAAUUUCUCCGUCUUUUAUUACGAAAUUCAGAAUGCCCCAGAUAAGGCAUGUCAGCUAGCAAAGACUGCAUUUGAUGAUGCUAUUGCAGACUUGGACAAUUUAGAUGCUGAUUCUUACAAAGAUAGUACACUGAUAAUGCAGUUGCUGCGUGACAAUUUAACACUCUGGACAUCUGACAGUCAACAGGAAUAAGAAGCUGACAACUGAUAAGGGUUCACAUGACUAAAAUUUGUAUUCAAAUUAUAUCCUACUGUUAGACAAUUACAUGGAAAUAAUGGUCUUCUCGCCUUCAUCAAAAGGAAGAAUAUGACAGGAUAUAACGGGUUCGCAUCUAGUGUGGCUAACGUUUUUUUUAUCAAUCCAAUAUAGACCUGUAGCAGAAUUAAUUAGUCAAGGUUGUUUUAAUGCGAUUUACUGCAAAGAUGAUGUGAAAGUAAUAUGCUACUUUGCUAGAUAUUCGAAACAAAGUCCUAGCUACCAGGUCAAAAAGAUUCUUCUACUGUUGUUAUUGAAAAGAAACUAAAAAUGAAACGAGUCAUGAAGUGCAAGCAAAAUGAUAGAUAUAUUACUUGGUCUACAUUCACGCUGAAUCGUUAUGUACACUUCCUCACGACAAAAAAGUAUCAACCUCUUCGGCAGAUACAAAUUACAAUAUACUGAAGUUUUAAUCAAUAAGUUUUAAAAAUGUUAUAUAUGUCACAGACAAAGUGCUUCAUUUAUAUCUUGAUUCUUAUUUUUU